UUCUCAAUAAUAAAAUAAUAAUUUUUCAAACCCUUAUUUAGUUGUUGUUUUCAAAUCAAGCACCGUAUCCUGUAAAAAAAAACGUAUGCUUAUUUUAUUCUUGUUUACAGAAAAAUGUUUGUAACUAAUCUAUGUCAGCUGAUAUUGUUUGGCUGAAGAGAGAACCUCUCUGUUUAUUUCAUUUAUACAAAUAAUUCAUACAGAAACAGAAAAUGGCUCCCUUCCGAUCAAUUACAGUUGCUAUUUCAGCCACAACAGUAGCGUUUUAAAAAGAAUCAUUUGGAAUUUAUAGACAAAUUACACACACAGUUUCUGAAUCAUCCAUGCUUUGGAGAUAUGACGGGAGUUAAUAAACUAAUUUCUAAAUUGCGUACAGAGCUGGAAAAUGAUUGCAGAAUGUAUGAAUGUGUCGAUGAAAGCCUCUAUUAAUCCUUGACAAGUAGUAAUGUAAGCGAAGUAGUAGCAGCAGAAGUAGCAGCCCAGUGGUCUAGAAACGUCCAUCUCAGAGACAUGCCCUGUAGCGGGUUCAAAUCUCAUCGUCUCCUAAACACGAUGUACAAACACUGACUUGUCCAGCUCACAGAAGAACGAUGUCUUGUUAAAUGCACAUGAAACUGUUGCAGUACCCGCCCACCAACAAACAGAAAAUCAAUCAAGCAGCAUAAUGAAGACAGUUACACUAAAUGAAACUCAUUAUUCUACGACAGAAGUUUCCGAUGAAUCUACUUAUCGGGGUUCUCUAGUUCUUUUACCUGAUAUAAGUUAUCUCAAUAACUUAUAUGUUUUUGAUCAAAUUUCUUACAAAAACGAGAAAAAUAUGUCGUGUAUAUCAAACGAUGACCAAAAACCUAGUGAAAUUUGGAUGAACGCUGAUUAUUCUAGUGAUCCAUUAUUUAUUAGUGUGAUUUUCAAGAAAUUUGAUGAAAAUGUUUCUGUAGAAUCAAACCCUAAUGACCUCAUAUCAAGUACCGUUGAUCCUCACCAUCUAGUCAGUUCUAGUGAACUCUUUAUUCAAUGCGCGAAAUAUGUCUUAAAUAGAGUCACACUAACUGUAACUUGGGAAUAUGAGGACCCAAUAUUAUUUCGUGGGGGAUGAUAAAGUCAGAAAAUUUCAAGUUAGGAUCUAAACUUUGAGUCUUCAAAAAAAAGAAGGGAAGGUGAUAUGACGGGAAGAAAAGUCAAAAUUCGAUUGAUUUACUCAUUAUGAGUUUCAUUCACGAUUACUUCCGUUUUG